UCUCCGGCAGGUCUCUCACGCUGCCCAGGGGCUGAACGAAGCCUCUUUCCCUGAGGACACAGAGUCUGACCCAGCGGGCACACCCUGGUGGAGUGACGCCGAUCUCUCCGAUGACGAAGACAUGCUGGCAGAUGAGGCCUCAGGAGAUGGCAACGGCAGCGGGGAGAACGGCAGUGGGAUCGCACUGCCCGACAUGCUGCUGUCCACCAGCCGGACGCCGAGCGUCACACUCUUGUCAAUGGUCUACUUCCGCGCUCUGGUGAAUUUCACCCAGUCCAUUGACUACAACCCGCGCCUGGACGACGCCAAUUCGGAGGAGUUCCGGGAGGUUUCGGAGGCCGUGGUGGAUACGCUGGAGUCCGAGUACUACAAGAUUGGUGGGGAGCAGGUGGUCAGCGUGGUGUUCAUCAAGGAAAUCGACGGCUAUACCUUUGUGGAGCUGGAUGUGGGCUCAGAGGGGAACCUGGACGAGGGGGAGAUCCGCGAGGUGCUCUACUCUGUCAUCGAGAGCGGCUCCAUUGCCUCCUACAUCACCUCCACGCAGGGCUUCCAGUUCCGGCGCCUCGGGGCAGUGGCCCCGGAGGUGCGUGCCUGCACCGGGGAGGAGUUUGCCUGCACCAGCGGGGAGUGCAUCGACAAGGAGUUCCGCUGCGACCGCCGCCCUGACUGCCGCGACAUGUCGGACGAACAGAACUGCGAUCGGCAGGAAGUGGUGACCCUCACACCCCGGCCCAUCACCACCGCUCAGCCAGCCACCUCCCGGACACCCACAACCACCCCCUUGACGCCCAUGGUCACUACCAGGAGGGUGCCGUUCACCACAUCCCCCCGGCUCAUCACCUCCAAGCACCUGCCGGUUCGGCACCCCUUGGAGCAGCGCCCCUGCCGCCGGGAUGAGGCUGUCUGCUCCAACAAGCAGUGCAUACCCCGGGACUACCUGUGCGACGGCGAGCGGGACUGCCUGGAUGGGAGCGACGAGCUCAGCUGCGGCACCCCUACCCCGUGCGAGCCCAACGAGUUCAAGUGCCGGAACGGGCACUGCGCCCUCAAGCUGUGGCGCUGCGACGGGGACAAUGACUGUGUGGACGGCUCCGAUGAGGUGGACUGCCCCACCAAGGGCCCCGACGACACCUGCAGCCCCGACCAGUUCACCUGCGUGUCCAGCCGCACCUGCAUCCCGGCCAGCUACCAGUGUGACGAGGAGGCCGACUGCCCCGACCGCUCCGACGAGGUCGGCUGCACACCGCCGCAAGUCAUCACGCCCCCCGAGGAGUCCGUGCAGGCCACCCCCGGGCAGACAGUGCGCUUCCGCUGCGUGGCCGUCGGAGUGCCUACCCCCAUCAUCACCUGGAGACUCAACUGGGGGCACAUACCUGCCAACAGGAGAGUGUCCAUAAGCAGCGAGAACGGCUACGGGACGCUGACCAUCCGGGACGUGAAGGAGGCCGACCAGGGUGCCUACACUUGUGAAGCCAUCAAUGCCCGGGGCAUGGUAUUCGGGAUCCCUGACGGCGUGCUGAGCCUCAUGCCUCGGCAUGGUCCCUGCCCCGAAGGACACUUCCAUGUUGAAGGUACCUCCAGGUGCCUGGCCUGCUUCUGCUUCGGCAUCACCACGGCUUGCCAUGGCACCAGCCGCUACCGGGACCAGAUCCGCCUGCGCUUCGACACGCCCGAUGACUUCAAGGGUGUGAACGUGACAACACCAGCGCAGCCGGGGACGCUGCCCCUCUCCUCCACACAGCUCCAGAUCGACCCCACCCUGCAGGAGUUCCAGCUCGUGGACCUGUCCAGGAGGUUCCUGGCACACGACUCCUUCUGGACGUUGCCCAGCCAGUUCCUGGGCAACAAGGUGGACUCCUACGGCGGGUACCUCAGCUUCAAGGUGCGCUAUGGGCUGGCGCGCGGCCAGUCAGAGCCCGUGCAGAAGUCCAACGUGGUCAUUGUGGGGAAUGGGCAGAAGCUCAUCUACCGGGUGCAGGUGCCCACCCAGCCGUCGGUCGUCAACCAGCGCCAGAUUCACUUCAUAGAGGAGAACUGGCAGCACGAGUCGGGCGCCCCAGUGAGCCGGGAGACGCUGCUCCUGGCCCUGCAGAACCUGGAGAGCAUCCUGGUGCAGACGGUCUACGACAACAAGAUGGCGAGCGUGGGGCUGAGUGACAUCGCCAUGGACACCACCACCAUGGAGCUCACCAGCCAGGGCGUGGCGCAGGGCGUCGAGGAGUGCAGGUGCCCCAUCGGCUACUCGGGCCUGUCCUGCGAGAGGUGCGAUGCCCGGUUCGAGCGGGUACGCGAGGGCCCCUACCUCGGCACCUGCUCCGGCUGCAACUGCCACGGGCACUCCAGCUCCUGUGACCGGGCCUUCGGCUACUGUCUGAACUGCCAGCACAACACAGAGGGGCCUCAGUGUAACAAGUGCAAACCUGGCUUCUUUGGAGAUGCCACCAGAGGCAACGCCACAGCCUGUCGAUCCUGCCCCUGCCCCUACACCGACUCCACGCGCAGGUUCUCCGACACGUGCUUCCUGGACACGGAUGGCCAGGCCACAUGCGACGCCUGCGCCCAGGGAUACACGGGGCGACGCUGUGAGAGCUGUGCCCGUGGCUACGAAGGGAACCCCAUGCAGCCGGGCGGGAGAUGCGUGCGAACUGGUCAGGAGUUCAUGAAGUGUGACGAGCGGGGGAGCAGUGACUCCACAGGAGGCGCCUGCCGCUGUAAGCCCAACGUGGCGGGACGUCUCUGCAACGAGUGCACGUCUGGAGCCUUUUACCUGAGCGACCAGAACCCCGACGGCUGCCUGAAAUGCUUCUGCAUGGGGGUGUCCCGGCAGUGCACCAGCUCCUCCUGGAACAGAGAGCAGAAGCUGCCUCUUGUCCGUUUCUCGGGCCGUGGGGAACCCAGCAGGUGUGUCCCUGGGGGACGGGGUGUGGCUGGAUAG